CAAAUGACAGUUACGCGACCUUGAAAGUUAUUUAAGUUUCUUUCCCUGUUUGUGCAUGAUUCUGUGUAAUUAAGAAAAUAAUUGAAACAUUGGUAUGUAACGUUUUACUUUCUAAUCGAUUUUCGAAAGCCUUUUUACAUAAACGACAUCAAAAAAUCUUAAAUUUAGACCGCUUGACAAUGAUAUGACGUCAUAUAUGACACUACUGACAGCUAACAUGUGUUUGGUUCGGUUUUUAUCCUAUCGUCCUUGCUUGUGUAGGCCAAGGCGGUAAUAAUGAUAUCAUUAUCUGAAUUCAAAUAGAAAAUUCAGUCAAAAUUUAUCUGUAAAGAGACAAUGUUAAAUUAUAGUAACGUAGUGACGUUGUGUUAAAUCAAAACCAUGCAUCGCACACAGGAAGAAUUGAACGAACACACUUUAUUUUGGCGAAAAAUACUAGCAGCUAUAUUUUAUGGUGUAGCUUCGUUUAUGAUAACAGUGGUAAAUAAAUUAGUUUUAACGACCUAUGGAUUCCCGUCGUUUCAAGUUUUGGGAUUGGGACAAAUGGUGGCGACGAUUCUGGUCCUGUUCACAGCCAAGAAGGUUCGUUUAGUCACCUUUCCUACUUUAGAAAUGAACACUUUUAGUAAGAUAUUUCCUUUACCACUCAUCUACAUAGGAAACAUGUUUUUCGGACUUGGUGGCACCAAAGAACUCAGCCUUCCGAUGUUUACAGCUUUACGAAGGUUUUCAAUACUGAUGACGAUGAUUUUAGAGUUGUACAUAUUAGGAAUUAGACCGACUUUCAGUGUGCAAUUUAGUGUAUAUACAAUGAUCCUGGGUGCCAUAGUAGCCGCAACGAAUGAUCUCGCUUUCACAGUAAGAGGUUACUUAUUUAUAUUCCUUAAUAACUUUUUUACUGCUACCAAUGGAGUGUACAUGAAGAAAAAAUUAGAUUCUAAAGAAUUAGGAAAGUACGGGUUGAUGUAUUAUAAUUCGUUGUUCAUGAUUUUACCUGCUACAUUUUUCGCUAUUUAUUCUGGUGAUAUAGAAGCUGCAUAUAAUUACAAAUAUUGGGGUGAUUUACUAUUCACAGCACAAUUUUUGUUAUCCUGUGUUAUGGGAUUUAUUCUAUCUUACAGUGUAGUUUUAUGUACAUACUACAAUUCUGCUUUAACAACUACAAUCAUAGGUACAUUAAAGAAUAUAUGUGUAACAUAUUUGGGUAUGGUAAUAGGUGGUGAUUAUAUUUUCUCUUGGGAAAAUUUCAUUGGAAUAAACAUCAGUGUGUUUGGUAGUUUAGUAUAUACAUAUGUCACUUUCAGAAGAAAGGAUUCUGUAGUUUAUUCUCCUGUAACGACCACAAAUUCAAAGACUGAGGUUGUAUAGCAUUUGUUGUUUAGCACUUUGGAAAAAUGCCUGUAAUAUGUAUUGUAUAUAUAUUUUUUAAUAUAAAAGUUGAUAAUGUGAAAUGGUACUUUGUAGUUAGAAAAUAUUUUUUUAUCCAUAGUUUUAGUAUAAGCCUAUUAUUGCCGUGGUAGGGUUUGUUACAAGGGUUCAGUCAAAAAUAAACAUGGUUAUAGAGGGGGAAUUCUACAGUUGAGCCUAUAGUUUUAAUAGGUAUGUCUAUUUGAAUACAGAAAAAAAUUAAUUUCUUACAAUGCCGUACAUAAAUAUUAAAUAAUUCUUUAUUGGAUAAUAUGAAUAAAAAUUAAGCAUUGCUUUUAUUUAAAAAUUGGUAACCAAUAUUGCUUAUUUUUUAAUGAACAAUUUGGCAGUUCGAAUUAUUUCAACUCUCUUUUUUUCCUAGCUUUUUCAGGGGACAACUCCAAAAUAAGACACGACAAAUCUACUAAUACAUACAAUUCCCAAUACAAAUCAACCUUAAUCCCUUAAAUAUGCCCUUAGGGCAGAGUCAAAAUUAUUGAAAUACACAUUGUAUCAUAGACGAGGAUCUCGUCUUAUCCCUGACAGUUUACUAGUAGGGCCAUAUAUCUGUACUGUGUAUAGUCUGUUUUAUUUUAUGUUGGUGUAUUGUUAAAAAUUUUAAACAGGUGAAUAAAUGCUUUUAAUUAAUUAAUAUUCAAAUUACCUAUUUGUUAAAGUUUCUGGGAAUAUUAAGCAAGAACCAGAAAUUGUCUUUAUUGAAAAUAACUAGGCAUUUGUUGUCAAUUUUUAAAUGAAAGCAAUUUCUUAUUUUUUAUUUUUAAUUAAUGGACAAUAUCUCUGAUUAACAAAUUCAAUGUUAAACAAUUUUUAUUCACACUAUACAUUGUCAUACACAUAAGCCAUAGGUAUUUACAAAUAAGGUUUUUCUAUUAGACCAAUAAGUGUUAAUCGAAUAAAAUUUCUAUUGAUGACUGGAUCUAGUAAAACGUUCAGCACUAGUUUCCAUAGCAACUAGUGUGAAAUAAAAAGUCUUUAUACAUUGUACUACUUUUACUAACCAAUGAGAUAAUCUCUACUGAUAUAUUUCAGUAUAUUCUUAGGAAAAAUUUGUUUAUUUUAUGGAAUUCUAUACGGUAUUAAAAAACACUCAACUGUUGAGACAUCCUGUAUACAGUGCUUAAAAUGAAGAAAACUCUAAAUUAAGUAAUGCAUACUCUAUUCACAC